AUGCCUGUUGCAAUUGAUUCAUCCGCCCUAGUAUGGCAAUGCAACUAUGACCUCAUUUCCAAAGGCUUUGAAUUGCCAGCAGCAGCAACAUCAACAAAUCCGAUCAGGAAUCUCUAUGGACCUACGCUUGUGUUGGCUCUCAUCUUUGUCUUGACAGUCCUCGCUCUUCUUCCUGGGGCAAUGGAAGAACUUCAAAGCAUCAAUAAGUCAUCAAUUCUGUUGGAGGUUGAUGUUGAGAAAGGGCCGCCUCAGUCAGAUGCAAGCAGGCUUCCGCUUCCCGCUCAGUCCAAAGGAGGUUCAGGGAUCACGGUUUGCUACGUCGAUGUUUUUAAUAUGAAGAAAGCUGAUUUGGUAGACCUGUGUCGCCAAUACAAGCUUCCUGUUUCCGGUACAAUCAAGGUUCUUAUCGAGAGAUUACAGGAGUUUAGUGGUCAGCGAGAACAAUGGGACCGCCCUCUCAUCAAUGGUGUCAAACUCGUCGAGCUGCCGAUCUUGAUUGGAGAAGAAACUAGGAAUAGGUUGGCAGAGCGUGAUGCGGCACAAUUUAAUCAGAAACGACUGUUCUCAAGCUCAAAUGACGAUGACGUUAAGGCUGGGAUUGAGAUAGCGAAUGGCCAUCUCUUAAAAAUUGUCAACUGGGUUGAAGCUGGGACUACUUCUCCUCAUCCAACUCCAUCGCCCUCUCAUCAGCUUCAACCAAGCACAUCCCACUUUUCGGUGGCAGCUACUAAGGAUUUGCAAAAUUCUCAAGGUCAUUCAAUUUCUGCUUCUACCACAACCACUCCUACUCGCACAGUAACUAUGGCUAGUGGAUCUAUUACUUUUUCAUCAUCCGAUGUUCCACCACCACCCGCUGUUUCAUUUGCUUCUGAUAUUCCUGGAUUGAAUCGCAUGUGGGACGAUACAAGCAUUUAUUGGGAUGGAUAUUCUGUGCUUACAAUUAAGGGAACGGCCAUUCCUAUUGUAUACUGGAAGGAGAUAUACACCUCUAAGGGUAGUGUUGAAUGGAAGCCGAAGCAGUGGGAGUCACUCAAAGGGAAAUUUUUUGAUUGGAAGAUUCUUGUCCAUCAAUGGCGACAAGGAUCUCCCGAAGAUUUCUGGGCUAAAUUCACCAAAGACGGCAAGAUACUGGGCUAUCGUCAAAUUCUUGAUCAACUCGCUGAACAAAGAACUGCUCAUGAUGCACUUUUUGCACAACAGAUUAUGCACGAGUAUGGUAAUCAAUUUUCAUCUAUUUUUUCUUAUGUUAAGAAUGGGACAAGACAUGUCAAGACAAAACCUUGUCAUAUUAUUAAGCAGUACCGUAGGAUGAAGGGUCUCAUUAACGAAGACGACAAUGAUGAGGAUAAUUAG